AUGAAAUUAAUUGGAGAUUUAUUAUUCAAGGGCCGGACUUUAUUUACCGAUAGUUUUUAUACUAGCGUUCCUUUAGCCGAAGACCUUCUGACUAAAAGAACAUAUAUUUGCGGUACUAUCAAGAUGAAUAGAAAAUUUCUACCGCCGCAGGCAAAACAAAAACAGAAACGGGGCGAUAUUAUAUCUUUGGAAAAUCGGAGCGGCGUGAAAUUUUUAAAGUGGACAGACAAAAGACCCCUGUGCAUGCUAACCACUUCGAGAUCUCAGAAUUGCGCCUUAAUUCGUGGCAAAAAUGAUAAAUUAAAACCAGACGCCGUCUUUUCAUACAAUAGUGCGAAAAAAGGAGUGGAUUUAUCUGACCAAAUGUGUUCCUACUAUAAAUGCUUGCGGAAAACGGUAAAAUGGUACCGAAAAGUUGUCAUGGAACUAAUAUGCGGGACCUCAUUAGUAAAUGCGUGGUACAUCCACAACAAUGUUGAAAAUCCCCCUAAUGACGAAGUAAUAGUAAGUAGACGAAAAAAACAUUUUCUAAGUACAUACCAAGGACCCGCGAGGAAGAUGAGGAAGAGGUGUAAAGAGUGUUACAAACGUUUAACAAACUUAAAAGGUACACGGUACGCCACAAACAAAACAAAAAGAAUUAUGACCUUUUGUAACAGUUGCCCGGAUAAGCCGCCACUUUGUUUAAAAUGUUUUAAAAAAUUGCACCGGUAA